UAUACCUAUCGAGCAAUGGCCGCCACGCUCCACACAAUCACAGACGUUAAGUACGCGCGCCUAUGGCGACUCCGCACUCUAGCGUAGUUAGUAUACAUCUCUAUGGGGCCGGGGCAACUCGACAUAUGCGACAAAAUGCAGGGAACAAAGAAUGGAGAGUUGACGGCCCAACAAAUCGAAAAUCUCCCGAUAGAUAUCAGCUCCACUAAACUACUUGAUUGGCUGAUAGAUCGCAGGCAUGUAAAUCUGAAAUGGCAGUCUGCUGCCCUCAUCAUUCGUGAGAAGAUCAAUCACGCUAUCCAGGAUAUGCCCGAGGUAGAAGAGAUUAAAAAACUCUUGACUGGAACAUACAUAAACUACUUUCACUGUUUAAGAAUUGUUGAACUGCUAAAAGUUUCUGAGGAGAGUAGCAAGAAUAUAUUUGGCUAUUAUUCAUCUCAGCGCAUGAAGGAUUGGCAAGAGGUUGUGAAACUGUAUGAAAAAGACAACAUCUAUCUUGCAGAAGCAGCUCAUAUGCUGAUCAGAAACGUAGGCUUUGAAAUUCCAUCUCUGAAGAAGCAGAUUGCAAAGUGCCAACAGUUGCAAGCAGAAUGCUCUAAGAAAGAAAAGGAUUAUGCAGAGAGUGCCAGCUCAGCUAGAGAUGAAUACAAACAAUCAUGCAAACAGCUUGGUAUAAAGGGAGAAAAGAUCCGAUCAGAGUUGUUAGAGCUUGUAUCAGAGCUCCCGCAGACAUACAGGUCAAUAGAAGAGCAGGCUAGGAAACUGAGUCAAGUUCUGGAGUUCUAUCAAGCAUUUGUCCAGUUUGUCAAUGGAAGUGAUGAAGAGAGCAUGGGAGAUGUGUGUCCGAUGCUACAGUACCUUACACAGCAUGGGAACACUACUGUUUAUCAAUGGAGAACAGGGAAAGUCCCAGACAGGGUCGAAGAGGUCAAACUUAGCUUCCUGGAGGAUGAAGAAGAAACCAAAGAUGAUGAGAUUGAUUUCAGUGGCAUUGAUAUGGAUACAGGAGGAAUAGACUUUGGUGAUUUAGGAAUUUCAGUAGAGAAUGAAGGUGCUGAAACCAUAGAUUUUGACAUUGAGGUUGGUGAUGGCACAGUGACUGAAAGUGGAGAGGGUGUGGCUCGUGGUAAUGAUGCUCUAUGUCUGUUUGAACACAUCCCAACUAGGAACCAGUUUAUCAAUGAAAUCAUAGAGCUACAAGCAUUCCUGGGGCAACGCAGAACAGAGAUGCAGGGAGACUCCGACGUUCUUACAGUCAAUCAGUUCCAAACAGCGCCCACUAUAGUCCAGACAAAGACACUUAAUGAUGUCACGACUAUGCUGUCCCAAGUAGAUGAUAUCUACAAGCGACUGACAGAGACAAGAAUGCAGCAUCUUUUCCUUCUCAUAGGAUCUCCAAAAUAUGUUGACAGAUUGACAGACUCCCUGAAGCAGAAGCUUUCUCUAGAAGAGAAGAUGCUAGCAUCAAGGGAAGCAGUAAAACAGAAACGAUUUGAUUGCCUGGAGGACCAGACUAAGCUUGAACCUCAGGUAGAUGCAUUGGUUGGAAGAACAAGGGAAUUACAAAAACAGAUUGAAGGUGAUAUAUCAAAGAGAUACAAGAACAGGCAAGUCAAUCUAAUGGGUGCCAUCAACACAAUAUGACAGAAUCAGAUGUUAAGAUUGAUAUUCAGAUUUAUAUUUAUAUUCAUAUCAUCUCACAAACUCAUAAAUAUUUAUGCUAUGAAUUAGCCAGCACACAUUCUUGUAAAGUAUUCUUCUUUGAAUUUAGAAUAUUCACAAAUCAUACUGGAGAACAAAUCACAUUCCUAUAAAACAUAUUGAUAAGUGGUUAAUGUGUAUUUUGGUAAUCAUAUACUGUAAUUAUAUUAUAUUGGAUGGCUCAGAAUGGAAUACCAGAAAUAUUGCUAGAGGUAGGGAAAAUAUUCCACGAAUCGCAAAUGAGUGGAAUAUUGACCCUAACAAGUGGAAUAUUUCUGGUAUUCCCUGAAAUAAAGCCAUCCUUUAUAAGUAUUGUUAUCUGUAAAUAAUUCUUAUCAUCAGAGAAAAAAAAACGAUUGAGCAAAUCAUUUAUGGCAACCUGUUGUUCCGUAUGACAUCAUUAAGUAUCAUUGUGCUCUAUGUUGCCUAUUGCAUUGCAUUCAUUUUAUGCAUUGUAUAUUUCGCGCAGGCGCACUAGACUGUUGAAUAUGGUCUCUGUUUUGUACAGGAGCCUAUGGGAUAUUCGUGGGACUUCGGUCCUCUUAGGAAUAUACUGUCAUAUGAUACAGGCCAGAAUAGGCAUUUUUAAUGCAUCACUAAAACUCUGUAUAGAUAAUACCUAUAAUUUAUCAUUACCAUUAGUUUAUUUGGUCUCCACUACACUUGGUCUUAUAACCAUUUAGUCUAAUUCUCUUUGGUAUCAUGCACAGAUGGUCUAAUUUCUACCAUGUCUCCUAAUGAUUUUGUCCUUUGUCCAAUGAAAAUAUGAUUCAGGAACAUUUCAUCUAACCAUAUAGACUAGAUGUUGUUGGACCAAGUGGAUAUUAGAUGAAAUGUUUAUAAUCUAACUUGAAAUUAGAUAAAAUCAUCAAUGUGCUAAAUGGAAAUUAGACAAAAUAGUUAGUAGACGAACUGGUUGUAGACAAAACUAGGAUAAGACCCUGCAGGAUGAGAGACCAAUUGGAAAGUAGACGAAGUGGGUGUAGACCAGUUGACAAUUUAUCUUGAAGUACUUGGAAGUCUUUGACCCACUUGUUUAUCAGCCAAAUGAGAUCAAAUUAUUCUCAGGAAUUGUUAAAAUCUCUUAUAACAGAGCCAUGUUGGCAUUCCAACCCUGUCAAAUGUCUUUAAAGGACAAGUCCACCCCAACAAAACCUUGAUUUGAAUAAAAAGAGAAAAAUUCAACAAGCAAAACACUGAAAAUUUCAUCAAAAUCGGAUGUAAAAUAAGAAAGUUAUGACAUUUUAAAGUUUCGCUUCAUUUCACAAAACAGUUAUAUGCACAUCUCGGUCAGUAUGCAAAUGAGGGAACUGAUGACAUCACUCACUCACUAUUUCUUUUGUAUUUUAUUAUAUUAUGAAAUAUGAAAUAUUUUGAUUUUCUCGUCAUUGUCAUGUGAAAUGAAGUUUCAUUCCUCCCUGAACACGUGGUAUUCCAUUAUUUUAACAUUUUGUGCUUCAGGCAAGGAGGUCCUAAUCAUCAAAUUCGUAAAAAUUGAAAUAUUGUAUAAUUCAAACAAUAAAAAACAAAAGAAAUAGUGAGUGAGUGACAUCAUCGACUCUCUCAUUUGGAUGUAACUGGCUCGUUCAUAUAACUAUUUUGUUAAAAAUAAGCGAAACUUUGAAAUGUCAUAACUUUCUUAUUUUACAUCCGAUUUUGAUGAAAUUUUCAGCAAUGUGCUUGUUAAAUUUUUCUCUUUUUUUUCAAAUCAACAUUUUUCUGAGGUGGACUUGACCUUUAACUAAAUAGACACUUUUGUAUCUUAUUAUGAUUAUGAAGUGCUUUCAUUGAUCUGGGUAUAUUAAAAGUUCAAAAUUUCUUGCCUAAAACAUUGUUUUUCCCCCAACAAGAUCAUUUCUUUAGUAGUCUGAAUAAAUUUUGAUGACAAAGCUCAGGUAGAUCCCAUUUAAGCUGAUAAUAUUUCAUGAAAGAUAUAUAUAUAUAAUAUGUAGUAUUAUGCUUGUUGAGACCGGUAUUUUCCCAUAAUCGGGCAUUGAAAGCCCAUAAUUACAUUAACAGCCUAGCAUUGCACAGCAUAAGUACAGGCUGAACUAAACCCCAAAUACAUAAUUUUUGUCACCAAAUAAGAUUGGAGAUCACAAAAUGAUUGGAGAGUGUAUUUGAUUUAUAUAUGGGUUGAAUCCAUUCCUAAUCACAAGCAGAUUCUUUUUGUAGACAUUUCAUUCAUUUUAUGGAUUUCUAAGAAUGUAUUUUGGAGGGCCAUUUUCAAGACAUUUCUUGAUGAAAAUUAUGUAUUACAUUGCUUCCACAGUGUUGAUACGUAAUGAAACAAUUAUGAUCAAAUAGUUUUCCCGUUUUUAAUAAAAUAAUUAAAAAAAAUCAGUAAUUACAGACUAUCAUUAAUUUCUAGAUUUUUAGAUGCAAUAUCUUUUGAAAUAUAGUGAUCAUGUCUCCAAAAUCAAUUGUUUCUGUUUUUAUUCAUGUUCUUGAUACCGCCAAUAAUUUCCUCCAUACAUUUUUUCUCUAAACCGGUGCAAUAUAGUUUACUUUUAGAUGGUUUCCUAUUUGUUUCAUUUCUUUAUAAAAUAUUUCUCAAGAAUCUUCUUUGAUGUUUUUCUUGGCCUGCUUUUGUUAUCUUUCCCAGUCCCUAAGAAAUAUUGAAAAUUAUCAUUUAACAAAGAAAAAGAAAGAAUGAAUUGUCUAUGUGUGUCUAUUGGUCUUAUGUUCUUUUAAAUGUAUUCAUAUAUACACUUUAGAAUGUGUUUGUUUUUGUUCUUUCUGUUAGUCUUAUCGAUCAAUGAUUCAUGCAUUGUUAAAUAAAUAGCUCUUGAUUUGUGUUCAUUCAGAUCUUCCAAUAUAUAAACAUAUGAAAUAAAUUACUUAUUUGUCAAGUCACAU